UUCCAUAAGCGAUUCGCAAUUGGCCAACGAGCUCUCCCAUUGUCAUGUGACGAUCUCUUCUCGUUAUUUAUGUUAAAACAUUGCAUUGUCUCUCGUCAGGUGUAUUUUUCAGCAAAACAAUAACAACCAACUCUAUUUCGAUCCGAUCCAACCGAGGCGAACCGUGUUUUCGUUCUUUCAGUAGCUCGUAACGUUGAUCUCGGUGAGGAACAAUUAAAUCCGAAUAGGAGGAUAGUCGCGACGAAAAUAUUUGCUGACGAAAGUGAUGGCGAUUCUUUCGAGUAACGUGAAGUUCUCGUAGUUCAAUGCCUGUUAUGUCCCUUCACGAUUGUCCUUAAUGAACUUUACGUUGCGCUUCUUUCAACGCGAUUCAGACGUCUUUUAGCCUGCCGAUCGGACGCGAGACAUCGGUGACGAAAAGCUGAUGGGAGAGUCUAGCUACAAAGAUCUGUUCCUGGGAACAAAAGCCAGUCCAAUGGAUGGGAUAGUGAAACAAGAGCCCAGUCAAGACAUGGGCCCUUCGUCAGCCUCUGUGCCAAUUCCUGGAGGCCACAGAGGGGCUCGUGGUAUUUAUGAUCAAUUCUCACCAUCUCCAUUGGCCUCUAUGUGGCCAAACAGGUGUCAUGAGCACGUCGAGUCACCUUUUAAAGUAGACCCUGAUCAGCUGGAUGAUUUCUUUAAAGCUGAGAAAUGGGAAGAUGACGAUAUACUCCAAGUAGAUAAGGCAGACUUGAUCCAAGGUCCAACGUUGGCUGAAUUGAAUGCCAACGAUGACACUCUGUUGGGUGAUUUGAAUUUCGACGACCUGCUGCUGCCCGAGGAGAGACUGCAGCCCUUCAAGAUGGAGACGAACGCGACUCAGUGCACUGGACCAUUAUUCAACGACAACAACGUGGGAUUCGCUCCUAGCAGCUUCCCACAGUCUGGAUACAGGAACAUUUAUCCGAAUUACAAUGUGAACGCACACGGGUUUGGCUUGAACGUGAACGCGAACGCGGACAACGUCGACACAGUCAGCCCGAACGCUUUUCCGAGCCCAGGGACGAGCCAUGUAGCAGGCAGCAGCACUGCGAGUUCCUCCACGUCUCCACACAUGGCUAACAAACCGAACGGUCAAUCAGCGCUCCACGAUCUGCUGCUGAGACGCUGCGAAAACUCCUCCUCGUUCGACUCGGCCACACCCUCGUCCCGGGACCAGCUAAUGGAUGGUGUGACCACCAGUCCGGGUAAUGGUAAAGCAAAAGUCUCGAGGCUGUCGAUGUCCGCGCCUACUAGGACGAUGGGUCUCGAGCAGAUUUGGGCGAGGAGAGAGCCCAGACCUCACCUGCUCAGUACCGGGAGCUUGGGAGUGGUCGAGGCCGGCUCGACCAGCAGCCUGAGCACCGGCGGUGCUUUGAGCCCGGACCCCAUCUAUCACAUCGAUCAACUGAGCCACGACGAGGGGUACGAAGACAGUGACGACGAUAGUGAUCACUACGACGACUACAGCAGCGACAAUGACACGGGUGGCAGCGACGGCGAGGAGCCGAACAGGAGCCUCGACUCCGGCAGGGAGAAACACAGCAAAAAGGAGAAGUACUUCUGGCAGUACAACGUUCAAGCGAAGGGUCCGAAGGGUCAGAGACUCGUGGCCAGAACUCGGCUGGAGGAUCCGCACGUAUUGAACGAAGCCACGGAUCCCGUGUUCAGUCCCAGCUGUGCCCUGCGGGGAAUAAAACACAGUGGAAAGGCUAGGAAAGGUGACGGGAACGAUUUAACGCCGAACCCGAGGAAAUUGUACAGUAUAGGAAGGGAAUUGGACAAACUCUCAAGGAUCAUCAACGAUAUGACGCCAGUAUCCGAGCUCCCGUUCACUGCCAGGCCUAAGACGAGGAAGGAGAAAAACAAGCUCGCCUCCAGGGCGUGUAGACUGAAGAAGAAGGCCCAGCACGAGGCCAAUAAGAUCAAGCUACACGGUUUGGAACAAGAGCACAAAAAAUUAAUACAUGGAAUAGCACAGGCCAAGCAGACCCUAGCAGCUAAACUGACGGAGCCCAACCCCGAGAAUCAGGAGGAACUGACCAGGCAGAUGGAGAGAUGCUGCAAAUCGGCCACCAAGAUACGCAUAGCCAGUCACUCGACGGAAUUCGUGAACAGGGUCCUGGACAAGGUCAGGGCUGGGGUACCCGACGGUGGCAUCGACGACUUUUAACAACUUUACGAUUUGACCUUAGUCGAAUAAUUAAAGAAUGAACGAUUUCUGUUUGCCGUAGACUCGAAUUCUCGAGUCCUGGGCUAGAUUCGAGUCAACAAACUAAAAGAACAAGCGACUAGUAUUCGAAUUUGAUAUUUAGAAUUUAGCUGUACCGUCGAAUCAUUAUAGAAAUGUAUGUUUUGUUAUGUUAAUUUCAUUUGAAGCUGUGAUAGUAUCUUUGGAAAUUGUUCGCGCUCUGGUUCAUUUCGUAUCCUGCAAUGACCGCAUUUGCAACGUUCGUUUAAAGGAACAGCAACGAUUAUGUUACAUUCUGUUGUAAAUAUAUACACGGGUUUUCUUGAGUGUCAUAUAUAUGUAUAUAUAUGUGUGUGUUUGUGUAUAUAUACAUAC